CUUUUUCCCCCCAUUUCACCCCAUCCCACCAGCCGCCGCCGCAGACAAGGAAUAAAUUAAACAAAAUUUAAGAAAAUAAUUAUAUAGUCAUAAACAAAAGGGAAGGAGCCAAGAAGAAAAAGUUCAACGUCAAUCAAGAUGACCCGCGGAAACCAGAGAGACCAAGAUCGCAUCAAGAGCCAGAAAAAAGCACAGAAAAAGAAAACAGCCAACUCUUUGUCUGGGACGCAAUACCAGCAGAAAAAGGAGUCAGAUGCUGAGAUCAUGCGAAGGAAGCAAGCAAAUGCCGACGCAUCGAAAGCCGGAUCCGAUAAAAAGAAAUGACCAGCAUUGGCUUGAAUCCAUCGCAUAUACCUCCCACCCCCCCUUUCACUUCAAUGAACGUCCUCCUGUGGCAUAUCCUUCGAGCAACGUCCGCUUUUUUUUUUUUUUGGAUCAUAACCAUGUCUGUCGGAG